GGAUCUUCCAAUUAUAGUGCACUUUUCACUUCCGGUGUUUUUCAACGAAGAGCAAAGAAAAAUAUACUGUAGUGCAGCCGGUUGAAUGAUGAAAUAUGGAAGCCUCUUAACUUAAUGAAAAGAACAAGUUUAGUCCAAGAAAAUGGCUUACAGUCGUCUUUCAUCUGAAGAAGAACGGAAGUGUUGCUGGGUUUGCUUUGCAACAGUGGAGGAUGACUAUGAGGCUAAGUGGGUCAAGCCUUGCCGAUGUCGAGGCACCACCAAGUGGGUCCACCAGACCUGUCUCCAGAGAUGGGUGGACGAAAAACAGAAAGGGAACAGCUCAGCGGAGGUGUGCUGCCCCCAGUGUGGGACCCGCUACAUCAUUGUGUUCCCAGAGUUUGGUCCAAUUUUGAAAGUAGUGGACUCAGUAGAUAAAAUGAUCCAACACGCAUGUCCGUUUGGAAUGGGCCUGCUGUUCUGUGGGGGAGUGUAUUGGACGGCCUUUACCUACGGAUUUAUUGUAGUCCUACAGGUGAUGGGCACGGACGAGGGUUACACUUUUAUGGAAGAGGUGGAGAACAAGCUGCUGUUGCUGAUCAGUAUGCCCCUCAUCCCGGUCCUCCUGGUCCUUGGGAGGAUGAUUCAGUGGGAGGAUGUGGUCCUCAGGCUGUGGAGGAGACAUGCCCCACGAUUCCUCACCAAACUCAUCAACUGUGACCAGUCAGCAUUACCAAGGUUACCGGCAGACACGACACGCAUGGUCGACCCUGUGUCAGCCACCAGGAUCGUCUGCGGCGCUGUGGUUCUACCCAGCUGUGCAGUCAUGUGUGGAAAUCUUCUGUUCCGAUCUGUGGGCUCCAAUAUCCAGCGGUCCAUGAUGGGAGGAAUUGCCUUCAUCGCAUUCAAAGGAGCCAUCAAGAUCUACUACAAACAACAGCAAUACAUCCGCCAGGCACAGCGGGUCAUCAAAGACUACCAGGAGGAGGUGGUGUUCCAGACGUCUCGCAUCUCUAGCGCCAUGUGAUCGAACGCUACUGUAAGUCAAGGACAGUGUCGAGGAUGUAGGACCUUGUGGCAGACAGUGGCAAUCAUAGACACCAAACACUGAAUGAUGAGUGAACUUCUAUUGACAUCAUGUGAUGUAGUCCAAGAGUUGAAAAUAUUACACUUCAAUACAAUAUAUUGGUUAAAGAUUAAAACUGUCCAUGAACGUUAUUUUUUUUUACAGCGUUUUUAUGUGAAAUGUCGAUAUAUCUUGUUUUGUUCUUGGAACUAAAUAUCUCUGCUUAGAGCUGACUGUUUGCUGGUUUUAUUUAGAGUAAAUGGGGAUGGCUUCAUGGACUGUUAAUCUGGGGAAUUCAUUAUAUAGGGGAAAAAAAUACAUGUAAAUCGGUGAUGCUUUGGCUAGUGGCAGAUUGGUCCAAACUGUUAUGCACAGGAGAGUUGGAGGUGAUUAUUCAUAUUAUUCAUGCCAUACUUUUUGGUCGUGUAUUAAGUAAAACUCACCCCCCCCCCCCCCCCCCCUACACACACACUUUAAAAAUUAAUUUCCAUGUUAACAGGAGUUAUCUAACUUAGCUAAGAAAUUAACCAAACCAAUUUAAUUACCCAGAACAUUGGACCUUAUGCAAACAGGAACUGUACCGGUAUUUACUGUUUAAAAAUUGUACAGAAAGAACUUGGUCUUAUUUUCUCUUCCUGCCUUGCCCUAAUUAUACCCAACCAAAAAAGAGAAACCACUCUGUCUCCAUCUUUGUAUACACCUUACCAAACAAUAGCUUGCCUUUGUAUUUAAUUGUAAGUUGAUUUGUAGCUUUGAUUGAUAAAUAAGAAAAGGAAUAUCAAUUGAAGACAACAAUCUUCUGCUGGUGAUAUUUCAUUAUCAUGGGUGUGGAUUAAUUUCAUGUUUUUAUGCAUUUUGAUUAUUUAUUGAGAACUGGGCCGUAAUUGUAGUCUAGAAUUCUGUCAGAGUCCUGUUCUAUUGUAGCUCCGCAAUAUGGUGGGGGUUUUGUCCAUAUAUCACAGUGUCAAAGAAAUAAAGCACAUAUUGAGGCAGAAAUAGGCUACAGAUCAGAUAGAAUUAUUAUAUGUAUGUCUAUACACUAUACAUGGCAUUUAAAUUUCAUAUUAAUCAUCAUUGUCCCAAUCAGUACAGGGAAAUCUACAAGUGACAUUACAUCGUCAAAAGGUAUGACUCGUUGAUGCAUUUCUUAACGUGACAAGUGUUUUGUAUAUAGGUAUUCUUGAACAACACAAAACCCUGAGAAUAGCCAAAUCCCUGAUCCCUAAUGUACAGUGUGACCUUCAUUUAGAAAAAAGUUCCAAGACCUCUGUUUGAUGGGUGAAUUAAAUUUUCUUGCAACCGAUGUUAUAAAGACCUUUUCUUUCUGUUUGCAUCAUGUGAGCUGUUUAGCAAGACACAUGUCUCUUGUUUUGUAUUAUCAUUGUAUCAUUUGCCGAUGCAUUUUAAAGGUUGUUACAAUUAAAACUUUUAAAUAUU